AUGGCGGCUGUAAAGCAAGGGCACCGCCCUACUGCUCCCUACCCCUACAGUUCACAAGAGGAAGUAAGAGUUCCUGGUUGCUCCACCUUCUGUCCAGAAGUGUGGUGUACUGUUCGCACUGAGUUUCGGAUUGCUCGACCACUGGCUUAUCCAGUUUUCAUGGAUGGUAACCAACAGAGACAUCAUGAGCCACUCGACUUUAAAAUAGUCAAGGCUCUGGCAGAGUCGGUGCUCACCUAUGGGGUGAUGGCAGCUUUUACAGUUGCUCAGGUAGAAGCACUCAAUCGCUUCUGUAUGACACUUGGCGACUGGAUAAAUUUGGAUGGGCAGCAGGAGCUGGAGCUGGGCUCUGCUCUGGGCCUCUGUGGCCUUGUUCACGGUGUGGCCAGCAGUUAUGUCAACAGCCUACAGGCCUGGCUUCGAUGGAGGUGUCUGGAAGAGAUUAGGUCCUCUAAACCUCAAAAGAGCCAGAGCCAGGUAGAGCCGAGCUUGGAACACACAGAACUCACUGCAGAUGGUCAGAAAGUGUAUAGCGUUCCCACAUCCUCGUCCACCCAGCAUGUCACCUUUAUCCCACCUAUCACUGUCUUUCCUAGCGUGAGCCCCGUAAACCUGGCACACAACGGAAGAGUGUGCAGCACAUGGGGUGACUUCCACUAUAAGACCUUCGAUGGUUACAUGUUCCGUUUCCCUGGCCUCUGUAACUAUGUCUUCUCUUCACACUGUGGGGCCACCUACGAGGACUUCAACAUCCAACUGCGUCGUGGUCUUGAGGGUUCCAGGCCCAUGGUCACUCAUGUGGUCCUCAGGGCCCAGGGGCUGGUAAUUGAGCUGUCCAAUGGCUCUGUACUGGUCGACGGACAGCGGGUGGAGCUGCCCUACAGCCGUGCAGGUCUUCUGAUGGAGAAGAGCAGUGGUUAUGUGAAGGUCGGCAUUCGGCUGGUCCUCACCUUUCUGUGGAAUGAAGACAGUGCCCUGCUGGAGCUGGACUCCAAAUAUACCAACCAGACGUGUGGGCUGUGCGGCGACUUCAACGGGCUCCCAGCUGUCAACGAGUUCUACGCCCACAACACCAGGCUGACCCCUGUGCAGUUUGGAAACCUGCAGAAGCUGGAUGGCCCUACAGAGCAAUGCCAGGACACCCUGCCCUCAGCUGUCAACAACUGCACAGAUACGGAGAACAUCUGCCGCCACAUCCUGCUUGGCCCUGCCUUUGCCGAGUGCACCGCCCUGGUAGAUGUCAACAUGUACUUGGAUGCCUGUGUCCAGGACCUGUGCCUCUGCCCCACAUGCCCAUGCACCACUUUUGCUGAAUAUUCCCGCCAGUGUGCCCAUGCAGGGGGCCAUCCGCAGAACUGGAGGACUCCUGAUCUCUGCAACUGGGAAUGCCCUUUCAACAUGGAGCACCACGAGUGCAGCUCGCCCUGUGUGGACACCUGCUCCAACCCCCAGCGCUCUCAGCUCUGCGAGGACCACUGCGUGGAUGGCUGCUUCUGUCCCCCAGGCACUGUGCUGGAUGACAUCAAACACUUGGGCUGCCUGCCCCUGGAGCAGUGCCACUGUACCCAUGGAGGCCACACCUAUGCCCCUGGAGAGUCCUUCAACACCAGCUGCAGCUCCUGCACCUGCUUCGGGGGACUGUGGCAGUGCCAGGACCUGCCGUGCCCCGGGACAUGCUCUGUGCAAGGCGGGUCUCACAUCUUCACCUAUGAUGAGAAACUCUACAAUGUGCAUGGGGACUGCGGCUACAUCCUUUCCAAGAAAUGUGCAGACAGCGGCUUCACUGUGCUGGUGGAUCUGCGGAAGUGUGGAGUGACAGAUACUGAGAACUGCCUCAAAGCCGUUACACUCAGCCUCAAUAGCGGAGACAUGGUCAUCCGGAUCCAGGCUAACGGUGCUGUGUUCCUGAACUCCAUCUUUACCCAGUUACCCCUGUCAGCAGCCAACACUACCAUCUUCAGUCCGUCAUCCUUCUUCAUCGUGGUGCAGACAGGCCUGGGGCUGCAGCUGCAAGUGCAGCUGGUGCCCAUCAUGCAGGUGUUUGUCAGGCUGGACCCCUCCUAUCGCGGCCAGAUGUGUGGUCUGUGUGGGAACUUCAACCAGAAUCAGGCUGAUGACUUCACAGCCCUCAGUGGGGUGGUGGAGGGCACAGGAGCCGCCUUCUCCAACACCUGGAAGACUCAAGCUUCCUGCCCCAACGACAAGAACACUUUUGAGGACCCCUGCUCUUACAGCGUGGAGACUGAGAACUAUGCCCAGGAGUGGUGCUCCAAGCUUACUGAAAGCUCGGGAGUCUUCUCGGCCUGCCAUGCCACUGUCAGCCCAGCACCCUUCUACUCGAACUGCAUAUUUGACACAUGCAACUGUGAAAAUAGUGAGGACUGCAUGUGUGCGGCCUUGUCCUCCUACGUACAUGCUUGUGCUGCCAAAGGCGUGCUGCUUAGUGGCUGGAGAGACAGUGUCUGCUUCAAGUACAUGAACAACUGUCCCCAGAACAAGAGCUACUCCUAUGCAGUGAGUACUUGUGAGCCAACCUGCCGCUCUCUGAGUGAGGCUGAUGUCACCUGUGGCGUCUCCUUUGUGCCUGUGGAUGGUUGCACCUGCCCUGAAGGCACCUUCCUGAAUAACAAGGGCCACUGUGUGCGUGAUGAGGAGUGCCCUUGCUUCUUCCAUGGGACUGUAGUGGCUCCCGGAGAGUUUGUUACAGACAAUGGUGUGGUGUGCUCAUGUGAGAAUGGGAAGUUGACCUGUCUUGGAGCCCUGAUGCAGAGGAGCACAGAGUGCCAGGCGCCUAUGGUAUAUCUGGACUGUAACAACGCCUCAGUGGGUGACAAGGGUGCUGAAUGCCUGAGAAGCUGCCACACUCUGGAUGUGGACUGUUUCAGCACACACUGUGUCUCGGGCUGUGUGUGUCCCUCAGGGCUGGUAGCAGAUGGGAAUGGGGGCUGCAUUGCUGAGGAGAACUGCCCCUGCGUACACAAUGAGGCCACCUAUACACCUGGGGAGAUCAUCCGGGUAGACUGCAAUAACUGCACCUGCAGGAAUCGCCGGUGGGAGUGCACUGACCGUCCCUGUAUGGGUGCAUGUGUAGCCUAUGGGGAUGGCCAUUUUGUCACCUUUGAUGGUGAACGCUACAUCUUUGAAGGCAGCUGCGAGUAUACCUUGGCUCAGGACUACUGUAGAGGCAACACCAGUACUGAUGGGACCUUCCGUAUUGUCACUGAGAAUGUCCCUUGUGGGACCACAGGAACUACCUGCUCCAAGGCCAUCAAGAUCUUUGUGGAGAGCUACGAGCUGAUUCUUCAUGAGGGGAACUUCAAGGUGGUAGAGAGAAGGUCAAGUGGGGAUGUUCCAUAUAAGAUCAGAUACAUGGGCAUCUUCCUGGUCAUUGAGAUCCGCAGUGGGAUAGUCGUGUCCUGGGACAGGAAGACCAGUGUGUUUGUCCGACUGCAGCAGCAUUACAAGGGAAGGGUCUGUGGCUUGUGUGGGAACUUCGAUGACAAUGCCAUCAAUGACUUCACCACGCGCAGCCAGUCUGUGGUGGGUGAUGUGCUGGAGUUUGGAAAUAGCUGGAAGUUCUCCCCAUCCUGCCCAGAUGCCCCAGUUCCCAAGGAUCCCUGCACUGCCAACCCUUACCGCAAGUCCUGGGCUCAGAAGAAGUGCAGUGUCAUCAACAGUGCGACUUUUGCUGCCUGCCACUCCCAGGUUGACUCUACCAAAUACUACGAAGCCUGUGUACAUGAUGUAUGUGCCUGCGACUCAGGGGGUGACUGCGAGUGUUUCUGCACCGCUGUGGCAGCCUAUGCCCAGGCCUGCCGUGAUGUGGGCGUGUGCUUGUCCUGGAGAACACCAGACAUCUGCCCUCUUUUCUGUGACUACUACAACCCUCAUGGGGAGUGUGAGUGGCAUUACCAGCCCUGUGGAGCACCCUGCCUGAAGACCUGUCGAAACCCUGCUGGACACUGCCUUGUUGACCUGCCAGGCCUGGAAGGCUGCUAUCCACAGUGCCCGCCCAGCCAGCCCUUCUUCAAUGAGGACCAGAUGAAGUGUGUGGCCCAGUGUGGAUGCUAUGAUGAUGAUGGAAAAUACCAUGACAUUGGCACGCAGGUUCCUACAGCUGAGAAUUGCCAGAGUUGUCUCUGCACCCCUGGUGGCCUCCAGUGUGUUCACAACCUUACAGCCUGCACAUGUACCUAUGAGGGCCAUACCUACCACUACAAUGAUGUUGUCUACAACACCACGGAUGGACUUGGGGCAUGCUUAGUGGCCAUCUGCAAAGACAAUGGGACUAUACUACGCACAGCUGAAGAGUGCCCUGAAGUCUUGUCUACCACACCGUUCACAUUCACCACUACCUUGGCGUCUGGUGCCACAUCAGGCUCAGCUCCCACUGUGCCCCCUGUAUCCACUGUGUGUGUCCAUGAGGUCUGCCGCUGGUCCAUUUGGUAUGAUGAGAGCUACCCAGAGCCUGGUAUGACAGGUGGGGACUUUGAAACAUUUGAGAACCUGAGGCAGAAAGGGCACCAGGUGUGCCAAACCCCUGCUGCCAUCGAGUGCCGUGCAGAGAAGUUCCCCAGCAAGGACUUACAGGAGCUGGGACAGAAGGUGAACUGUGAUCCAUCCUGGGGGUUGAAAUGCCUCAACAGUGAGCAGAGCCCCCCAAUCUGCUACAACUAUGAGCUGAGGGUUCUGUGCUGUGAUUAUGUGCCUUGUGCUUCUUCCCUGACCUCAGGCACAAGUACCACUCACUCCCUGUCUGAGAUCACUAGUGAGCACACUUUGCCCACUCUCAGUACUCAAACAGCAUCCUCAGUAUCCCAGUCCAGACGCUCCUGGACCACAGAAGGGAAAGAGACAUCCCUGGAUAUUAUUCACAGCUCAAGGCAAACAGUGACAUUUACUUCAAAAAUCAGUGCCACUUCACAUCCCAUUGUGUCCACAAACUCAGUCAGCAGCCUCCCUGCAUCAAGCCCUACCUGGACUACCAUAGUAAAAAAGACCACCUCGCACACAAUGCCUAGCUCUCAGCCAAAAUCAGUAUUUACUUCAGAUACUGGGUCCACUUCCACAGUCAGCACAGUCACAGAGAAAGUCAGCAGCCCUGUGACCUCCACCAGCUGCCAACCCCAAUGUCAGUGGACAAAGUGGUUUGAUGUGGACUACCCCACAUCUGACAGCGAGGGAGGAGACAUUGAGACAUAUGACAAGAUCAGGGCCACUGGGGAGGACAUCUGUGGACAGCCUCAGGACAUCCAGUGUGUGGCCCAGAACUACCCGUACGUGAGUUUGGACAGGCUGGAUCAGAAAGUGAAAUGUGAUGUCAACUUUGGCCUGGUGUGCCACAACAGGGACCAGGGAGGCCAAUUUGGGAUGUGCUACAACUUCAUGAUCCGUGUGCUGUGCUGCAAUGUCAGCCACUGCCAGGGACCUGCCACCUCUGCAGGGUCACCCCCAACACCAGGAACUGCCACCACUGCCAGUUCCAGGUCAGUCACACACACUUCCUGGUCUGUGUCCAGGAAGCCUACCAUCAUCAGCACCACUGAGUCUAUUUCAUCCUCCCCCCAAAACACAGUCCUCACCACGGCUUCUUCCACAGCCAUACCCACACCCAGGGAGACACAGACCUCACCAUGGCUAACUAGUGUCUCCUCAACCCCUACAACCAUGAGUACUACUUCCACAGGCUGUAAGUUUCAAUGCAGCUGGACGGAUUGGCUGGACAGUGACAAACCCCAACCUGGCCAGUUUGGGGGAGACAUUGAGACCUACUAUCAUAUUAGAAACAAGACAGGUAUUCAGAUAUGCAAGAAACCUGUGGACAUUGAAUGUGAAGCUAUCCUCUUCCCCAACAUGUCCUUCCAGCAGCUGGGCCAGGAGGUGGUCUGUAAUGUGGACUUUGGACUCAUCUGCAGGAACAGUAAGCAGGCCAACAACCAAACCUGUUUCAACUACCAUAUCCGUGUACUCUGCUGUGAGGAAGACACAAGCUGUGUCAGCACAACUGGAUCACUGUCUACCACCUCCGGUCAAAUGACUGAAUCCUCUAACACAGCAGGACCACUGUCCUCCACUCCCAUAUCAGCACCUGGAUUUUCCAGCACACACAAACAUGAGCUCAGCCACAGCUGCCUCCAUGACCACAACAAUUACCCAUGCCAGGACUACCCCAGAGAUCACUGGAGCUCCUUUAGCCAGUACCACAGCAACACUCAGCACACAGAUGGUCACUUCAACAGCCAGCAUGGUCACACAGUCAGUCAGCAGCCUGCACCAGAGAAGAUUGAGUGCCGGGCAGAGAACUACCCAGAAGUGAGCAUUGAUCAGGUUGGACAAAGACUAAGCUGCAACCUGGAGACAGGACUGGUCUGUCAAAAUGAGGACCAGACAGGUGAUUUCAAAAUGUGUUUCAACUAUAAUAUACGAGUGUUUUGCUGUGAUGACUAUAGCCACUGCCCUAGCACAACUGCCAUACCACAUACAUCUACCACGAACAAGACUAAAGUCAGCAAGGAAGUCACCACCAUGGCCACCAGUUCAUCAACAGGACAAGGACACUCAACUAAAGCUACCACCUCCUCCAACACUGCACAAAGUCUGAUGACCAGCAUUGCCCACACAGGAUCUACACCUUCCACAUACUCAGGCAGCAGCCUUAUGACCUCCACCAGCUGCCAACCCCAAUGUCAGUGGACAAAGUGGUUUGAUGUGGACUACCCCACAUCUGACAGCGAGGGAGGAGACAUUGAGACAUAUGACAAGAUCAGGGCCACUGGGGAGGACAUCUGUGGACAGCCUCAGGACAUCCAGUGUGUGGCCCAGAACUACCCGUACGUGAGUUUGGACACGCUGGAUCAGAAAGUGAAAUGUGAUGUCAACUUUGGCCUGGUGUGCCACAACAGGGACCAGAGAGGCCAAUUUGGGAUGUGCUACAACUUCAUGAUCCGUGUGCUGUGCUGCAAUGUCAGCCACUGCCAGGGACCUGCCACCUCUGCAGGGUCACCCCCAACACCAGGAACUGCCACCACAGCUACCCAGACCCUGUCCUCCAAGAACUAUCCCAACACUAUUCCAGAUGAGACCUGGUCUCCCUCAGGCUCCAUCACCAGCAUCUAUGCCUCAGACAUGCCCACCCCUGGGAUCCUGACUACAAGUGUGUCAUCCCCACCCGGCACCCCUCUGACAGCCACCUCAAAGACCACUCAGCAUCCCGUGAGUCCAGCAUCCUCUAGCACUAUCAGCAGUCCUGUGACCUCCACCAGCUGCCAACCCCAAUGUCAGUGGACAAAGUGGUUUGAUGUGGACUACCCCACAUCUGACAGCGAGGGAGGAGACAUUGAGACAUAUGACAAGAUCAGGGCCACUGGGGAAGACAUCUGUGGACAGCCUCAGGACAUCCAGUGUGUGGCCCAGAACUACCAGGACGUGAGUUUUGACAUGCUGAAUCAGAAAGUGAAAUGUGAUGUCAACUUUGGCCUGGUUUGCCACAACAGGGACCAGAGAGGCCAAUUUGGGAUGUGCUACAACUUCAUGAUCCGUGUGCUGUGCUGCAAUGUCAGCCACUGCCAGGGACCUGCCACCUCUGCAGGGUCACCCCCAACACCAGGAACUUCCACCACAGCUACCCAGACCCUGUCCUCCAAGCCUUGGCCCAACACUACUCUGAAUGUGACCAGGACUCACUCAGCUUUCACCACAUUAGCAACAAGCCUCUCAAAAACUCUACCAGGCUCUAGCCACACAGCCACUCUUGUUACAUCAUCUGGCAGAAGUCCCCCACAUGUUUCUAGUGUCAAGGAAACUAGUAACUCUGAAAAGGUCUCCUCUAUCUAUACCACACUUGACAUCCUGCAUAAAACAUUGCAGUCAUCGACACCUGCCUUGACAACAAAACAAACUUCUUCACCUGGAAUCUGGACAAAAAUACUUACUGUUACAGCAGGCUCCAUCUCCUCAAAACUUCCACCCACGAGCCUGGAGUUGACUACAGGCAUAAAAGAGCUCUCUACCCCAACACCAAGGAUGCUACCAGUAACUAUGACUAAUGCCAUCACCAGCCAGGAAACAACCCACUGCCAGCCCAAGUGUAAGUGGACAGAAUGGUUUGAUGUGGACUCACCAACUUCAGGGGUAGUAAGAGGGGACAUGGAAACCUAUGAAAAUAUCAGAGCUGCUGGUAAGAAAAUUUGCCAGGCACCAGAGAAGAUUGAGUGCCGGGCAGAGAACUACCCAGAAGUGAGCAUUGAUCAGGUUGGACAAAGACUAAGCUGCAACCUGGAGACAGGACUGGUCUGUCAAAAUGAGGACCAGACAGGUGAUUUCAAAAUGUGUUUCAACUAUAAUAUACGAGUGUUUUGCUGUGAUGACUAUAGCCACUGCCCUAGCACAACUGCCAUACCACAUACAUCUACCACGAACAAGACUAAAGUCAGCAAGGAAGUCACCACCAUGGCCACCAGUUCAUCAACAGGACAAGGACACUCAACUAAAGCUACCACCUCCUCCAACACUGCACAAAGUCUGAUGACCAGCAUUGCCCACACAGGAUCUACACCUUCCACAUACUCAGGCAGCAGCCUUAUGACCUCCACCAGCUGCCAACCCCAAUGUCAGUGGACAAAGUGGUUUGAUGUGGACUACCCCACAUCUGACAGCGAGUGAGGAGACAUUGAGACAUAUGACAAGAUCAGGGCCACUGGGGAAGACAUCUGUGGACAGCCUCAGGACAUCCAGUGUGUGGCCCAGAACUACCCGUACGUGAGUUUGGACACGCUGGAUCAGAAAGUGAAAUGUGAUGUCAACUUUGGCCUGGUGUGCCACAACAGGGACCAGAGAGGCCAAUUUGGGAUGUGCUACAACUUCAUGAUCCGUGUGCUGUGCUGCAAUGUCAGCCACUGCCAGGGACCUGCCACCUCUGCAGGGUCACCCCCAACACCAGGAACUCCAGGAACUACCACCACUGCCAGAGUCUCUAACACUGCCAUAAACACUUCUUGGGCUUCUUCUGCAACCCUCAGCAGCACUUCAGCUACCUCCAUGUCCACCAGUACUUCCAAAGAGACUCAGCCCUCAUCUUUGCUGAGUACUAGGACUACUUUGCUUGCUAGUUCCAAGGGCUGCACGCCUCGAUGUACCUGGACAGACUGGAUUGACCAGAGUUCCCCUACACCUGGGAAUUCUGGAGGGGAGUUUGAGACCUUCACCAACAUUAGAGCAUCUGGAAUUGCUAUAUGUGAAAAGCCCCUGGACUUAGAAUGUGACAUUGUUCGCCAGCCCAAUAUGCCUUGGCAGGAAUCGAGACAAGUGAUCAACUGCACUCUGGAGUUUGGUCUGGUGUGCAGGAACCUAGACCAGAUGGGGCCCUCUAGUGCGUGCCUCGACUAUCGCAUCCGUGUCCUUUGCUGCGACGACUACAGCCACUGCCCUAGCCAGCCUCCCAGCACCAUGACGUCAGGCCUGCCCUGGUCUACUCACACUCCCACAGUCCCUUUCACAACCACAGUGUCCUCAAGCAGUGAAUCCACCUUUCAGACCAAGCAUCGCUCCAGCUCCCCGGUGCCAAGCACCCAGGCAUCCACAUGGACCACAUUUCCAGACUCAGGCUGUGUGCCUCGAUGCACAUGGACAGACUGGUUUGAUGCAGACUUCCCUAACCCUGGCCCCAGAGGUGGGGACUUUGAGGUCUAUGCAGUGUUACGUGAGGUUGGCUUUGUCUUCUGUGAUCAGCCCAGGGACAUCCAGUGUCGCUCUGAGAAGGAGCCAGACAAGCCCCUGGAAAGUCUUGAGCAGGUGGUCCAGUGUGAUGUGCGAUUUGGGCUGAUAUGCAAGAAUAUCAACCAAACGGGGCCUCUGCAAUACUGCGACAACUACCACGUGCGCCUCCUCUGCUGUGACAACAUCAGCCAUUGCACCACAUCACCUAUGGCCACCUCUGCCACCAUUCCUUCUACCUCUCCCCUGAUGUCCAGUCACACUUCCCCAACUUUGAACACCAUGACUUCUUCACCUGAGGUCACUGGCUCCAUUAUGUCCCACUCAUCUUCCCUAGGACCCACUCACACCUCUCCAGUUUUGACCACAGGAACUUCACCGGUAGCCACAGGCCCCACUGUGGUCCCCUCCUCUACCUCAGAGACCACUCACACCUCUCAAGUUUCCCAUAGCAGCCAGGUGACCUUCAGUAUGCCUACUGUUUCUCCCUUGGGCCUCAGUACCCUCAGGCCUACUGUCUUUUCCAGCCAAUCACUUUCCCCAUCAUCCUGUUUCUGCCAGGCAUUUGGACAGCUGUUCCUACCUGGAGAUGUCAUCUACAAUAAGACUGAUGGAGCUGGCUGCCAAUUCUAUGCCACCUGUAGCCAGUACUGUGAUAUUGACCGCUUCCAGGGUGCCUGCCCCUCCUCUUCACCUCCAGUGCCCUCUACUCUUCCGCCUUUGUCUUCCCUGCCUCCUGGCUGUGAUAAUACCAUCCCUCCCCGGCAGGUGAAUGAGUCCUGGACCUUGGAGAACUGCACGGUAGCCAGGUGCCAGGGAAAUAACCAGAUCAUCCUCCUAGAGCCGGAGCCUGUGGACAAUGUCACCUGUGUCAACAAGCACUUGCCCAUCAAAGUGUGGGACCAGGAGCCUUGCCAUUUCCACUAUGAGUGUGAAUGCUUCUGCAGUGGAUGGGGGCGCUCACACUACCUGACGUUCGAUGGCACUUCUUAUACUUUCCCGGACAACUGCAGCUCAGUGCUCAUGAAAGAGAUCCACCCCCGCCAUGGCAACUUGAGCAUCCUUGCUCACAGCUACUACUGUGGGGCUACCACCAAUGUCACCUUCUGUCCCCGUGCCCUCAGUGUGUACUACAACUCCAUGGAGAUUGUCCUUACCAUCACCACCACUGCCAGUGGGAAGGAGGAGAGCCUGAUCAUAUGGGACCAAAUGUGGAUAAGGUCAGGUUCCAGCAAGAAUGGUGUGACAGUGUCCUUGAGUGGCACCACCACGAUGAGUGUCAACAUUUCUACCAUUGGCACCAGCAUCAUCUUUGAUGGGCACAUCUUCCAGAUAUGGUUACCCUACAGAUACUUCAGCAACAAUACUGAGGGCCGGUGUGGUACCUGCACAAACAGCCAGACAGAUGACUGCCGCCGGCCAGAUGGCACCAUAGCUUCCAACUGCCAGGACAUGGCCAAAGACUGGCUGGUGCCUGGGAAUAGCAACAACAGCUGCUUAGCUCAGCCUAGCCCUCCCCCAAGCACCACUUCCCAGCCCCCAGUGUCCAGCACACCCACCUCUACCCCAUGCCCUACUGCGCCCCUCUGUGAGCUGAUGCUGAGCCAGGUCUUCGCCGAGUGCCACAGGCUCAUCCCUCCAGAUACCUUCUUCAAUUCCUGUGUCAGUGACCACUGCAGUGCCAAUUUUACUGGCAUGCUCUGCCAAAGCCUGGAGGCCUAUGCAACACUCUGCCGGGCCCAGGGUGUGUGCGUCACCUGGCGCAAUGCCACUGGAGGGCUAUGUGACUUUUCCUGUCCACCCACCAAGGAAUACAGGCCUUGUGGGCCCCUGCAUCCGGUAUCCUGCAGCUCCAGGACACUGAGCGUUUCAACUGGCACACUGGCAGAGGGCUGCUUCUGCCCUGAGAAUCAGCUCCUCUUCAAUUCACACAUGGACAUCUGUGUGCUGGAGUGCCCCUGCGUGGGACCUGAUGGGCUACCCAAGUCUCCUGGAGAAAACUGGACCAGCAACUGCCAGUCCUGUGUGUGUGACCCCAGCUCUGUGUCAGUACACUGUGAGCCAGUGCAGUGCGAGAGCCAGAAGGAGCUCCCAGAGUGCACUGAAGCUGGCUCUGUGUCUGUGACCAGGCCCAAGGCUGACAAUCCAUGCUGCCCCGAGACAGUCUGUGUUUGUGAUGCAACCACCUGCCCCCAGAGUGUGCCCAAGUGUGACCCAGGGUAUGAGCUGAUCCAAACCCAUUUGAAUGGCAACUGCUGCCCCAACUUCACCUGCCGACCUUUGACGUGCACAUACAACAAAACCCUCUACGGGGUCGGUGCGAACUUCCCAGGGGAUGAUCUUUGCCAAACAUGCACCUGCUUCUCUGUGGGCAACCAACAACCAAAAGUACAGUGUAGAGAGAUCCUUUGUACCACCACCUGUCCCCGGGGCUUCAAGUACAUGCCAACGCCACAGCAGUGCUGUGGGCAGUGUGUACAGAAUGCCUGCCUCACGCCAGAGGGCCAGGCAGUGCAGCCCAAUGAAACAUGGGUGAACAGUCCUGUGGACAACUGCACUGUGUACCACUGUAAGGUUGAGACUGGAAUCCAUAUACUGACUCCAACCCCCACAGCCUGCCCUGAUGUGUCCAACUGUAGGGGAACCCUAAGGAAAACAGGUUGCUGCUACUCCUGUGAAAAAGAGGACUCAAGUAGAUGCCGAGUGCAUGUAAAUACAACCAUCCUGCAGCAUAACGGCUGUGAAACAGAGGUGGCAGUCAACAUCACCUUCUGCGAGGGUUCCUGCCCUGGAAAGUCCAAGUACUCCAUGGAGACCCAGACCAUGGAGCAUCAGUGCACCUGCUGCCAGGAGAGCAAGGUCCAUGAUGUAGCUGUGACCAUGCAGUGUCCUAACGGUACAGUCAUCCAGCACACCUAUACCCACAUCGAUGAGUGCAGCUGUGCCCUGGCCUGCAGCUCCCUGCCCAUGACUUCCAUGAAUACUUCCUAG